CUCAUGCACAAGUAGGUAUACGGGGAAUUGCAUUGGACUUCCGCCGGGUGUCAUCCGAUAUGGCCGAUGAUACCACACUUUAUCGUUUCACAAAUUGCCGUAUAUUACGUCAAGGAAAGCUCCUGGACACAGACGAGGCCUUAUGGAUACGCGGAGGCCGCGUCCAGGACCCUAGGCGUCUGUUCUGGGACGAGAAACGAGAAGCUGAUGUUGAUAUCGACUGUGGAGGAUUAAUAGCAUCUCCUGGAUUUAUUGAUGUUCAAAUAAACGGUGCUGCAGGUUACGACUUUACAUCAGGUAGCAACACUAAGGAGGCUUUACAAUCUGUUGCCAGAUUGAUUGUAAAGCAUGGUGUUACUGCUUUCUGUCCAACAAUUGUGUCGUCUUUGCCCAGUGUAUAUCACAAGGUAUUGCCCCAGAUAGUACAGUAUGAAAGUCAGUUUGGUGAAGCAAGGAUGCUUGGGGCUCAUCUCGAAGGACCCUUCAUCAGCAAGACUAAAUGUGGUGCUCAUAGUGAACACGCUAUCAGAGAUGGAACUGAAUCACCUAUAACAUAUCAAGAAAUUCUCAGUUGUUAUGGCUCACUAGAUCGUGUCAGAAUCAUCACUCUUGCCCCUGAAGUUUGCAAUAAGCAUGAAAUUGUCCACAGACUGUCAACAAGAGAAGGCAAAAACAAGAUCGUUGUAUCAUUAGGUCACAGUGAAGCAGGCCUCAAUUUAGCAAAUAAAACAGUCGAGCAGGGAGCAAGAUUUAUUACUCAUUUGUUUAAUGCUAUGCUUCCUUUUCACCAUCGUGAUCCUGGUAUAGUAGGUCUUCUGACCAGAGAUAAGGAUAAAAAUUCAAAAGACUGCAUCGUUUAUUAUGGCAUUAUAUCAGAUGGUGUACACACUGAGCCUGCUGCUUUGAGAAUUGCCCAUAGAGCCUGUCCAAAAGGGAUUGUGCUAGUGACAGAUGCUAUUGCAGCUAUGGGACUAGGAAACGGAAGGCACAGGUUGGGUAAUCAAGAAAUCAUUGUUGAAGAUAGCUGUCGUGCUUCUGUUGUGGGACAAACGACACUUGCAGGAAGUGUGACUACUAUGGACAUGUGUGUUCGACAUUUCCAAGAAGCAACAGAGUGCUCAAUUGUAGAAACUCUUGAGGCAGCUACACUACAUCCUGCUCAGCUUCUAGGUGAAGAAUCUGAUAUAGGAACUUUGAACUUUGGGUCCAGGGCAGACUUUGUACUCUUGGAUAGUUCACUGGAAGUUCAACGGACAUAUAUAGGUGGACAGUGUGUUUAUGAUCGAGAAAGUAAAUGAUAAUUAGCAACACUAUAUGUUCAUGUGUGCGUAUUAAGGCACACAAUAGAUGACACAAACUGAUAUUUAUAGUA